AUGGAUUCUUUUCUUACCAGUCAAGCAUCUUUUUCAGAUUGCAAUUCAUCCUUUGAGCACAUAUUGCUGCAUCCUUAUGAAUUGAGAAAUUCUAGAGAAAUUCGAAUGAGUCAGAACUUGACUUCAAUAAAUAAUGACCCAGAUGAAUCAAUUAUUGAAGAUUUUUAUAAAAGUUUUCUAACUCCCCCCCCCCCCCCCGUGAGCGAACAAAAAAAUUUUGUUCGCUCACGGAGGGGGGUUAAUUUUUUUUUUUAAAAAAAAAUUUAUAUAUAAAUUUUAUAAAAAAUAUUUUUUUCGAAAUUUAAAAAAAUCCCUAAUUUGCAAAAAUUGGGAAGCAAAUAUUAAUUUAAUUUGCAAAAUUUAUGUUUUAAAACGCAAUUUGUUUAAAAUUAAACAGAAUUAGCUCUAGAUUUCAUUAUACUAAUUAUCACUUAUAUAUCAAAAUUUUUUUCCAUUAAAAUUUUUUCUAUUAAAAAAAUUUUUUGUUCACUCACGGAGGGUGGGUUUUUGGUCAAAAAAUGGCGAUUUUUCUAAUGGUUUUGUUCGCUCACGGAGGGGGGGGGGGGGAGUAAGAACUUUCUUCAGCGAAAACAAAAUAAGACAAUCAGAAACUACUGUUACGGAAAAAGAAUUUGAGGCACUGUUAGAAAAAUAUCAUAAAUAUGAUAAGAUAAUUGGUGAACCAGAAAAAAUGGAGAAUAAAGAUGAAAGCGAAUAUUUUACACCAGAAAAUUGUUAUCAUUUUGUACCUGAAGAAUUUUUUAAUCCGAAAUUUAAAAUCUUGCCACAUUUAAAAAUAAAUGAAGAAGAAGCAGAAGAGCUAAAUUUAUAUUUGGAUUGCACUGAUUUAUCUGUUUUCCAUAAAAUGAGGGAGAAUUGAGAAGACAUUAUGGAUUCAAUUAAAAUAAUGCAAAGCUUGAUAACUGAAGUUUCUGGGUGCUUAGAAAAUUUGCACCAUUUAAAUGCAUCUAGUAAUGCUUUUCUGAAUAAAAUUGAAUCCAGAUACCUAAGAUUAUUUUUCCUCAAAAGGCGAUUAAACAAUAUUAAAGCCGCACAAGAAAGUUUAAAAUUGAUUGCAGCUGUAAAAGAAACUCAGCCUACAAUUCAGCAGCUCUUAAAAUUUUCACACUACUCUUUAGCCACUCAAUUAAUAAUAAAAAUCCAAGAAACAAUUUCCUCAAAAUUAAAAAAUCAAAAAUCCAUCAAAAAAGAAGAGCCUCUAGAAGAAAAUAUUUUAAAUGAAACUUUAUCAUUAAGUGAUCUAAAACAAAUGGCAGACAUUGUCCAAGAAUUCUCUAUAAUAUGAAAAAAUAUUUCAAAUGAUAAAUCAAAUGAAGUCUUAGAGCAAUUUCAAAAUUUCCUUCAAAACUGAGAUAUCAAAAAAAGUCCAGAUAUCCCUGAUACUUUAGAUAAUUUACAUAAUUUUCCAAAUCCAUCCCAAGAAGUGCAAAAUCAUAUAUAA